AUGCUGUCUUCCAGACCUACUUCCUGCGCGUCUCCCAGUCCAGACGGGGAGAACCCAAGUAGGAAGGUCCAGUGGACUUCCGAGAGGAGGAGGAGAACGUCGUCCACAGACUCAGAGUCAAGGUCCCACUCGGACCCCUCCAGGGUGCCCAGGUCCCGGAGGUCCAGCCGGCUGACGGUGAAGUACGACCUAGGGCAGCUGCAGCGCUGGCUGGAGAUGGAGCAGUGGGCGGAUGCUCAGAUUCAGGAGCUCUUCCAGGAUGAGCCAGUGUCUGCUGACAUUGAGAUUGACCUGGAGGCGCUCAUGGAACUCUCCACAGAGGAGCAGAAGACUCAGCUGGAGGACCUUCUCCGAAACUGUCCCCGCCCCACGGAGCCUUUCAUCUCAGAGCUGCUCAGUCAACUCAAGAAGUUCCGGAGACUCAGCCGGCCUCAGAAAUAAGCCUGGAGACACGAUGCUUUGCCAGGCCUCCCUGAACCUCUGCAUCCCAGCUGAGGGACACAGUGCCUUGGGACACCGAGGACA